AUGUAGCAGCACGGUUGCAGAUGGGAUAUAUUUUAAGAAACACCAUUUCCUGUUGCACUGGUACAGUAUGAAGAAGGAGCAGGUUGUGAACUGUCAGUUUUCGGUGUGGUACCCGUUAUUUAAGAAGCAUACGAUUAAAAGUGUGAUCCUCCCCUUACCGCAGAAUGUAAUUGACUAUUUGCUGGAUGACGGGACUCUAGUUGUAUCUGGAAGUGAAGGCCACGCCCAGCCAUCUCAGAUAAAUAACGAUUCUGAUGAGGACGAGGAGAUCCAGUGGUCAGAUGAUGAAACUACAACAAUUGUUACGGCUCCUGAGUUCCCAGAGUUCAGCUCCAGUGUGCAGGAAGCCAUAAACACACUAGGGGGCAGUGUCUUCCCCAAGCUGAACUGGAGUGCUCCCCAGGAUGCCAGCUGGAUCGCCUUGAACAGCUCCCUGCGGUGUCAGAGCCUCACCGACAUUUUCCUGCUCUUCAAGAGCUCCGAUUUCAUCGCCCACGACUUCACACAACCGUUCCUCCACUGCAGCGAUGAUUCCCCAGACCCACCAAUCAACUUUGAGCUUGUCCUAAGGAAGUGGAGUGAGCUGAUCCCAGGUGGAGAGUUCCGGUGCUUCGUCAAAGAGAAUAAGCUUAUAGGUAUUUCUCAGAGGGACUACACCCAGUACUACCAACACAUCUCCAAGCAGAAGCACCUCAUCUCCCAGUCCAUCCAGGACUUCUUCACCUCCCAUAUCCAGUACAAGUUUCUGGAUGAGGACUUUGUCUUUGAUGUUUACAGAGAUAGUUGGGGUGAAGUCUGGCUGAUCGACUUGAACCCUUUUGGCGAGGUGACUGAUUCCCUGCUAUUCACUUGGGAGGAGCUCAUCUCCGGGUGCAAUUUGAGGGCCCAGCCAGCAGAGGGAGGCGCUCCUCAGCAGGAUGACCUGGCAUUCCGCUACACCACCAGCGAGGUGACCGUCCAGCCCAGCCCCUGCCUCAGCUACCGCAUCCCACGUGACUUUGUAGACCUGUCUACCGGCGAGGACGCCUACAAGCUCAUUGACUUCCUCAAACUGAAGAGAGGGCAGCAGGACGAGGAGUCGGAUGAAGAUGCUUGAAAGGAGGCAAUGGUGGAGGCGGAGUCGGAGGAGCUGAGUUCUGUGCUCAGUAGUUUAGCUUGGCACAAUUGGGGGAGACUGUGUGUAGGAAUCCUCUUAGACGGACCUGAUGAAGAGAUCACAAGCACAGCUGUACACGUGUGUUUCUAUGGGGGGAGGGGGUACAUUAUACUACCAGCGGGAUCCACCAUGGCUGCCCUUCUCUUGAUUCACUUGCUGAGUGGGAUGGGCUUCCUGAUUUUUCCAUGUAGCACAUGUGAAAUUCCAGGUUUUGCAAGAAUGCAAGCAAGUCUCUCGUUUUGUUCUCCCAUAUGUUUCUGCCUCUGAGGUCCUGACCCAUUCCUGGUGGUUCAUGGAUAGACCGUGAUGGUUCACUUAUUAGCAGGGCAACAUGACAGUACAGCAGGGGACAGUAAGGGUGGGCAGAACAGUGUUUAUAUGUAAAUGGGUUUGGCCCCUUUCUGGAAUACACCAGAGGAACAACAAGCUAAGCUGGAUAAAUUUGGUAUUUUUAUUUAAUUCUGGAUGGUCACCUGCCAAAUUGGAUUUCUCACCCAAAAUUAUACUUAUUUUGCUUGAUUUUUAAUUACCCUCAAACAUUCCAGUCAAUAUUUUUUGGUCACAAAUGCCCCAUGAGUCAUAUUUAAACCCAGUCUUGGUCCUUCAGUACAUGUAUGUGGUUGCCUUGGACAAUAAAUCAGUUGCUUGAAUAGUC